AUGGCUUCAACUCAGUCUAUCACGGAAGGCUCUGCCAAGUAUCCCAACUCCACCGGUCGCACUUUCCAAUAUGGAACUGCAGGGUUCCGCAUGAAAGCGAACCUCUUGGAUUCUGUCGUCUAUCGUGUGGCCAUUCUUGCGUCGCUACGCUCGAGAAAACUUCAUGGCCAGACAAUUGGUGUGAUGAUCACUGCGAGCCACAAUCCUCCAGAGGACAAUGGAGUCAAGCUUGUCGAUCCUAUGGGGGAGAUGUUGGAAGGAUCAUGGGAGACCCAUGCUACCACCCUAGCAAAUGCGCCCUCCGACAAGGCUCUCGCUGAAGUCUACAACAAACUGGUACAAGAUCUCAAUGUUGAUCAAUCUAUACAUGCACGUGCUGUCUUUGCUCGCGAUACACGAGCAUCUGGACCGCAUCUAGUAGCUGCUCUGCUCGAAGGGUUCAAUGCCGUGGGCGUGGAGUAUGUGGACCACAAGCUCCUUACAACCCCUCAAUUGCAUUAUGUCACACGCUGCGUGAAUACUAGAGGCACUUCCUUCGAUUAUGGUGAUCCUACAGAGCAAGGGUACUAUAAAAAGACGGCCAAAGCAUUCAAAGCUGCAUUAGGAGGACGGAAAAUCCACGGCCCCUUGACAGUAGACUGUGCAAACGGGGUUGGUGGCCCAAAGCUGACGGAGCUGAUCAAGUAUAUUCCAAAAGCGGCACAAGGUGGUAUCGAUAUCAAGAUUGUCAACGACGACGUAGUGAACUCGGAGCGCUUAAAUCACCAGUGCGGAGCUGACUUCGUAAAAACCAAUCAACGUGCACCCCCUGCUUCCCAGGCAAAUCCGUUGGAGAGAUGUUGUUCUCUUGACGGUGAUGCCGACCGCCUGAUCUAUUAUUUCAUCGACAAAGAUUCGAAUUUUCGACUCCUCGACGGUGAUCGUAUCGCAACGCUCGCCGCUCUUUUCAUCGGUGAUCUCGCUCGUAAUGCAGGGUUGGGCGAAAAGCUUAGGGUUGGUGUGGUUCAGACUGCUUACGCCAACGGAGCAAGUACAUCUUACGUAACGCAGGAUCUCAAGUUGCCAACAUCUUGCACAAAUACCGGAGUCAAGCACUUGCAUCACGCUGCCACAAAAUACGAUGUCGGUGUUUAUUUUGAAGCUAACGGACAUGGUACUGUUGUCUUCUCCGAAUUAGCCUUGAAACGUAUCAACAAAUACGAACCAAGGUCACCCGCCCAGGCUUCUGCUCUCGACACCCUGAAGGCGCUUACAGAUCUCAUCAACCAGACCACUGGAGACGCCCUAAGUGAUCUUCUGCUGGUUGAAGUGAUCCUGGCGCACAAGUCAUGGAGUCCAAAGGAGUGGGAUCUCACCUACACCGACUUACCGAAUCGUCUCGUCCGGAUCGAAGUGCCUGAUCGCAACAUCUUCAAAGCUGUAGACGCCGAGAGACGGCUUGAGAGCCCGCCCGGGGCCCAGUCGCGCAUUGAUGCUCUAGUUGGGAAGUACAAGAAUGGCAGAAGCUUUGCCAGGGCAAGUGGGACAGAGGAUGCUGUCAGAGUUUACGCUGAGGCGGCAACGAAAGGCGAAGCCGACGAGCUGGCACAACUGGUCGGAAAGACGGUCGUUGAAGUCGCAAGUCAAUUUGUGCAAAGCGCUGGAUCGAAGUAA